CAUUUUUAUUAACCUUGUUUUUGUUUCGGUAUAUAAAUUGAAAAUUUCUACUUGACAUAAUUUACCGGUGAAGUGAUGCAUUUGCUGAUAAUGUUAUCUUUAUUUCAAUUCUCUCUUUCAUAUAAUUCCAUCAUACCUUGUUUUACGUGUUGCUGAUCUUUUCUUUCUAUAGAAAGAUUCUAAAGUGUUUUCUUAUUGGAUUUUUUAUGUGACUUUUUUCACGUGUGUGCACUCUUUCUUGGGAUCAAAGUAAAAUCUAGUCAAAAUGCCUAGUAAAGAUCGUUUAGAAACAAUUAAACGUCAUCUUUCUGCUAAUAACUCAGACAAUCGUAAUGUUGCAGCUACUGAAAGUGUUAUUCCUAAACACAGGCAAGAGCUCUUAAAAUGGAAUGGCUGGGGAUAUAAAGAUUCACAAUUUCAAUUUGAUUCUAAAACAGGGCUAUUCACAUUCACCGGAAAUAGGUAUCUAAUUGGGAACAAAGUCCUACCGAAUUUCAAGAAUUGGGUUGAAAGCACAUUUGCAAUUAGUGUUGAUAGCAAAAAAUAUCCUCCACAGCCUGAAAUUAAAUCUGAAGACUUUCCAAAGCCUAUCAUAAAUGAAUCCUUUUUUGAAGAAAUUAAGCAGCUUGGUAUAGACCAUUCUUUAGAUCCACAGGACAGACUCUUUAGAGCUCAUGGUCAUACAAUGCGAGAAAUAUUCAUUUUGCGGCAUGGAAUCUUUGAGAGAAUACCUGAUAUUGUACUUUGGCCAAGAUGUCAUGAUGAUGUUUUAAGCAUUGUCCAGGCUGCAACUGAAUGUAACGUUGUGAUCAUCCCUUUUGGUGGUGGCACUAGUGUCUCCUGUGGGGUGGAAUGCCCUUCUGAAGAGAAACGGAUGAUUGUGUCCUUGGAUACUUCCCAAAUGAAUAGAAUAUUAUGGGUGAAUCGAGAAAAUAACACAGUACUUGUGGAGGCUGGUAUCAUUGGCCAAGACUUAGAAAGAGAGUUACUGAAAUAUGACUUGUGCACUGGCCAUGAACCAGAUUCAUAUGAAUUCAGUUCCCUUGGUGGCUGGGUUUCUACAAGGGCUUCUGGUAUGAAAAAAAAUAUCUAUGGUAAUAUUGAAGAUAUGGUUGUUCAUGUGAAAAUGGUUACACCACAAGGUGAAAUACAAAAAAAUUGUCAAGUGCCUAGAAUAUCUAGUGGUCCUGACAUCCAUCAAUUCAUUCUUGGAUCUGAAGGUACUCUUGGUGUUGUUACAGAAGUUGUAAUUAGAGUAAGACCACUCCCACCAUUUAUUAAGUAUGGAUCUGUCGCUUUUCCAUCAUUUGAGCCUGGUGUUGACUGUCUAAAAGAAGUUAUGCGACAACAAUUGAAACCUGCUUCUAUAAGAUUAAUGGAUAAUAAGCAAUUUCAAUUUGGUCAUGCCCUGAAACCUGAGUCAGAGUCAAUGAUUUCUUCACUAGUUGAUCACUUUAAAAAAAUUUAUGUUACCCAAAUUAAAGGAUUUGAUGUUCAUAAAAUGUGUGUGAUGACAUUACUUUUAGAAGGAAAUAAAGAGGAUGUGGAAGUAUUAGAAAGACGAAUUUAUGAUAUUGCAUCAAGAUUUGGGACAUAGGUUUGGAACACGGAGUUGUAUCAGAAUCAUUUGAAACAGCAGUUCCCUGGGACAGGGUAACUGAUUUGUGCCGUAAUGUGAAAGACAGAAUCCACAGGGAAUGUCAAAAGCAUGGGAUAAAAUCUCCACCUUUUGCCUCUUGUCGUGUCACUCAGUCAUAUGACGUUGGGGCUUGUGUUUAUUUCUACUUUGCUUUUAGCUAUCAGGGUAUUGCAGAUCCUGUGCAUACAUAUGAAAGCAUUGAAAGUGCAGCAAGAGAUGAAAUCAUUGCUUGUGGAGGUAGCAUAUCCCAUCAUCAUGGAGUUGGAAAAUUGCGUAAAAAAUGGAUGCAGCAAACAGUAUCAGACAUUGGAGUACAAAUGUUGAAAGCAGUGAAGGAUAGCGUUGAUCCUAUGAACAUUUUUGCUAAUAGAAAUUUACUGCCAUGAAUCCUUUUCGACCAUUAACUGCAUCAAAGAGAAACAGAUUUUGCUCAAAAUACACCUACUAUAUGUGCUUUAUUUUUAACAUUAUAAAGUAAUUCUUGGUUUGCUUCUCUUUUAUACUAGCCAACGAAAAACAAAUUUUUAAAAUUUUGUAGUGGUAGAAUAUUUUUAUGUGAAUUAUGACAGCAUAAGUAAUUGUUAAUGUUAUUAUUAGAGUUUAAGUUUAUAUUAGAUUGUACAAAGUUUUAGUGUAUACUGAAUUUCUAAGCUAUAACCAUUUUUAUACCUUUCUUUUAAAGUAAAAUUGUGAUUUUUUCCCUAGUGUUUUGUUAUCUAUUUUAAUGUUUAGCAUUUAAGCAUACCAUUUUCACCUUUACAUUUAGGACAAAGUAUUUUCACUAUCUUUUAUUGUUUUAUAAAGUGACUAUUUUAAAAUAUGCUGUAAUUUUAACUUGUUAUAUAUCCCCCCCCCCUUAGCUCUAUCUGUGAAUAGUUUGUGCUAGUACUCUAUUGAAAUGAAAUUUUCAUUCUAAAUAGCAGUUUUCAUUGUAUAUAGCAUUGUAUUAAAUUAUUAAUAUAUCUGCACUAUUUAUAAUUCAUUUUAAUGAAUUUUUUAAAAUUAGCUUUGCCAUAAGUUUUAAUUAAAUUUAAUCCAUUCAAAUGCCCAAUUAACUAUCUUGAAUGAUUAAGUACUGUGGGGUGUAAUCUUCGCAAUUUUGCUAAAUAAUUUUAUUUGAUAUUUAUGAAACAUAUUACUAUAACUAACAGAAUUGUUUACAAAAGAGUCAAAUUAUUAUAACUUCUAAAUUGCAGCACCUAAAAAUUUAUUUAAUGCAACCUGACAGAAAAAUAAACCAGUCUAAGAAAUUUAUUUUGUGUAUCUUAACUAAAAAUAUAAUUGAUGUAGCCUAACAUUAAAAAUUUUUUAUGCAACCUAACGAAGAAAAUUAUUUUAUGCACCCUAACUAACAAUGUAAUUGAUGCAGCUUAACUACGAAGUUUCUUUGAUGCAGCCUAAUUAAAAAAAUUUAAUGAUAUAGCCUAAUUAUAAAAAUUUGAUUCGACGUUGCCUGACUAAACAUUUAUUUGAGGUAGCCUAACCAAAAUAUUUAUUGCAUGCAGCAUAUCAUUGAAAAAUGGUUGGUUUCAAAUUUUUAUUGAAGUAUCUAGCUAAUAUUGUACUUGAUUAUGACUUUCAUUAAUUUUCUGGUUCUCUUUAAAAUUUGGAAACUCACAAUAGUUUCUCCUAUAUAAUUUGUUUUUCUAUAUGAAUAACAUGAGUUAAAACAAUUUAUAAGAAAUUGAAAAAAUCGAAAUGCAGCUUUUCACUUCCAGAAAUAUCAGAGGGUAAAUAUAUAGAUUUAACCUAAUUACUUAAUAAUAUAUAUGUAUAUUUUUUUUUAAAAAAAAGAAAGAAGUAAGUUACUUAAAAACAUUUAAGUAUAAAAAAUAACUAAAACUAUUUAAAAUUAAGAAUAAAUACUAAAAAUACAGCAAAGAAGUAUUUAUAGAAAUCAUUGAACUACCUUUAGAAAAAGCUUUAUUUUGGAAAAAUUAAGGUCAUAAAAGUUCAGUUUCAUAUGUAGUAAUUAAUAAUGCUAUUAUUUUUUUAGAAAAUUUUAAUUAAAUAAAAUAUAAGACAACAAGAUUACUAUUUAAAUUAGAAUUAAACUGUAAACUAAAACGGCUGUAAACUCCUCAGGAGUUUAAAUGUUAAGAACAUAAACACGAAACUUAUAUAGUAAUCAUUAUUUAUUUAUUAAGCUGGGUCCGACGAUAGCUCAGUUUCACAUAAAUUCUCGAUAUAAUAAAAAAUGUUCUCAAAAAUCAAUAAAAGCGGACUGUAAUAAUCAAACACAACACUUAAUUAACAUAACUCAUUUAGAGCAACGCACUUUUCUCACAUCCGAGCUCUUCAGAUUCAUUGCACACACUAAAUUUUCACAGAUGGCGCUUCUGGCGUCAACAUAAGCUAUACAAUGGAGUAUUCAUUACUUCCAGUGUUUUAAUUGUUAAGUAAUCAAAGUUAUUUUUCUUUGCUUUAUUAGUUAGUAAUUUUUAUACAUUUAAACUUUUAAUUUCAGUUUUUCUUUUAUUUUUUAUCUCAUGUCUGUUAUGUUGCCAUGUUAUACGUACAUUUUUUUCUCCUGGAGCUUAUUUUAAUUUUAAUGAAUUACAUUGUGGCUCAGAUAUUGUUUAUGUUAUUAACCUAUAAAGAAAUAUGUAUUAGACUAUCUUUAGAAUCACUCGUUGCUGAUAUAUAUAAUCAACAUUUGUUUUGGUUUCGAACUAUUUUUUUACUGUGUUGUUUUCUAUUAGAUAGUCAAUGAUAUGCAUAAAAACCUUCUUAAUUAUUAAAGUGUUGUCAUUUUUUUAAAAAAAGUUGGCGCAUUUUAUAAAAAGAUUAUUUUUUUCUGAAAAAGAAAAAAAAACAUGUAGAGCCUAGUUUUUUAAAAGUAAAUACUUUUAACCACAUUUAAUACAAAUUUGUUACUUGUAAUAUUGGCUUUUUUUUUUUUGCAUUUUUUUAUUUUGCAUUUAAAUAAAGCAUAUCAAAGAUUUUCUCAGUAGAAAAACUACUACAAAAUUUAAUUUUUACAUUUGUUCAUUAUAUUUGCUUGUUCCGUUAUUUGAAGCUGCCUUUGAUAGUAUAAUCAAUAUUUAAUGAUUCUUUGAGCUUUAUUUCGAAUUUAUGUAUUUGUUUGUUUUAUGAUCUUUGUGCUUUAAUUUAUUGUACUUAUAAAAACAUGAAAAAAGUGUAAUACUUUGCUGAUAGUUUUACACUUUGCUUUGAGAUAAAUAUAAGAUUGAGGCAGUUGAUAGCUAUUUUCUUAAACAUAUCUUUAAAAAUUAAACUUUAAAUCAUAUUUGUAAGCUUCCAGUGCUUUAAGUGUUAAAAGAUUAUUAACUGUUUACCUUAUUUCAAUUGCAUUCUAGCAUAAACUGUUUUUGUUAAUUAUGUUAUUAGUAAACUUUAUACCUGUCCAUGUCAACGCUUUAUUUUUCUUAUAGACUAAUGGACAUAUAGAGCUGCUUUUAUUACUAAACUAAGUUUGUAAUUUAAAUAUGUGUUUUAUCUAAAACUGUGAAUAAAAUUUUGUGCCUGUAUUUGAA